AUGACUAUCUUUGAUGAUUCUAUCCCUGAAGAAGAGAACGUAGUACGGCGGCGAGUACAUUUCAGCGAGACGCUGGCUCGUCAAAUUACAGAUACCUUUUUAAAUGCUAUGGAAGAAUGGUUCUCGAAGAAUUCGGAACAGUUAAGAAUAAGCAGAAUAGUACCUGAAAGACCCAACUUUUUCCACUCCCAAUUCCCUAGAAAAUCGUCUAAUUUAGAUACCGAAUAUCACUACUCACAUUUCGAUGCUGGCACGCUUGCUCGGUUCUUUCCGGAGCUGGUGCUUCGAAUCAUUGUGCCUGCGUUGUACUUGCACGACAUGAAGCGAAAGAAGCUACAUUUAUUGACGAAGGGGGUUCCUACCAUGGAAGAGCUUUCCAAAUGUCAAUCCCUAGAGGGGGUCGGAUUUUGGAAUCGGUCGGGUACAUGGUUCUGUACUCGUGGUUACGAUCAAGCCAAAUUGAGACUGACAGAUGAGUUUGGACCUCGGUACUUUACAUCGUAUAAUGAGUGGCUCAACUGGGAUAGAGAGAUUGCCAGGGAGAUCUACGAUGCAAAGGAGAACAGUGAUUGGGAUACUGUGAAGUUGCUUCGGGGACUAAGCAAUUAG